CCGGCCCGGCCUCCCGCGGCCCUCCCCGGUUCGAGCGGAGCAGCGAGAAGAUGUCGCCAUGAAGGAGGCCGAGUCCGCGCUGCGCCGCCCCCGCCGGUCGCCCCCGCGGGCCAUGAGCCUGGGCCCCCGCCGGCUCCGCCAGCGCCCGUCGUGCCCCCCUGCUCAGGGCCGCCGCUCGCCCGCCGGGGCGCCCGUUGAUGCUGCAGAGCCCGCCCGGCGCGACCCCCGCCUCAGCCUCCGCCAUGGACAAGAGCAGUCCCUGCGGCUCCGGUACGCCCGGCUCCUCGGCCGGCAGCAAAGCGCAGCAGCCGCGAUCCGCCUCGGCCGGGCCCGCCGCGGGGGAGUCUAAGCCCAAAGGUGAUGGAAAGAAUGCGAGUGGAUCCAAACAGCGUUAUAAUCGUAAAAGAGAAACUUCAUAUUCAAAAAAUGAGAACUUUUCCAGUCAGUCCCGUCGCUCCAAUUCACAGAAAAGCAAAGCUUUUAACAAGAUGCCCCCUCAAAGGGGAGGUAGCGGCGGAAGUGGCAAACUUUUUAGCUCUUGUAAUGGUGGAAGACGAGAUGAGGUAGCAGAGGCUCAGCGGGCAGAGUUCAGCCCUGCCCAAUUCUCUGGUCCCAAGAAGAUUAAUCUGAACCACUUACUGAACUUCACUUUUGAACCCCGUGGCCAAGCAGGCCAUUUUGAUGGGAAUGGACAUGGCAACUGGGGGAAAAGGAACAAGUGGGGACAUAAGCCUUUCAACAAGGAGCUCUUCCUACAGGCCAACUGCCAGUUUGUUGUCUCUGAAGAACAGGACUACACAGUCCACUUUGCUGAUCCAGAUACGUUGGUCAACUGGGACUUUGUGGAGCAAGUGCGAAUUUGUAGCCAUGAAGUGCCCUCCUGCCCAAUAUGUCUGUACCCACCAACCGCAGCAAAGAUCACCCGCUGUGGGCAUAUCUUUUGUUGGGCAUGUAUCCUUCACUAUCUCUCCUUGAGUGAAAAGACCUGGAGUAAAUGUCCUAUUUGUUAUAGCUCUGUUCACAAGAAGGAUCUCAAGAGUGUUGUUGCUAUGGAAACACGUCAAUAUGCAAUUGGUGAUACCAUUACGAUGCAACUUAUGAGAAGAGAGAAAGGUGUUCUGAUAGCACUGCCCAAAUCUCAGUGGAUGAAUGUGGUGCAGCCUGUUUACAUCAGAGAUGACCAGCACAGUCAGUAUUCAAAGCUGCUUCUGGCAUCCAGGGAGCAGGUCUUGCAGCUGGUGAUUCUGGAGGAGAAAGCGGCAUUACUAAAACAGUAUGAGGAAGAAAAACACACCCCAGAGGCUUGCUUUAUUGAGGCAGCUAUCCAGGAACUGAAGGAACGAGAAACAGCACUCUCUGCUGACCAGGAUAAAAACAAUGGCAUUGCUGGAAUCAGUGCAGCUGUGGAAGAAUUGGUCCUAGAAAGCUCCAAGGCUGUGGAGCCUGCAGUUUCCCAGGAGAAAAAGUGUGGUGUGGAAUAUCUCUCUGCAUUUGAUGAGGAGCUUGUGGAGCCGUGCUCUGAUCUGGCAAGUUCCUUUUCACCUCCUGUGGAAGCAGAAGAGGCAGUGCUGAAUGAAGAGGAAGUACCUGAGGUGGACACCGUAGGGCAACCUGAUAUGAACACUACAGAAGAACCAAAUCCAGCUGAAACAAGCUACCAAGAAUCUAAAGAUACAAUUAGCAGUGGACAUCUUAGCAACUCUCCUUUUUACUAUUUCUAUCAAGCGGAGGAUGGACAGUGUAUGUAUCUUCACCCUGUGAAUGUUCGAUGUCUUGUUCGUGAAUAUGGCAGCUUGGAGAAGAGUCCAGAGAAGAUAACUGCAGCUGUAGUGGAGAUAACUGGCUACUCAAUGACAGAGGAUAUAAGACAGCGUCAUCGCUACCUCUGUCACUUGCCCCUCACCUGUGAGUUCAGCAUUUGUGAACUGGCUCUGAAGCCACCCAUCCUCUCUAAGGAGACUUUAGAGUUGUUUUCAGAUGACCUUGAAAAGAGGAAACGUCUACGGCAGAAGAAAGCUCGUGAUGAACGACGACGUGAACGCAGAAUUGAGAUAGAAGAAAACAAGAAACAGGGCAAAUAUCCAGAGGUCCAUAUUGCUUUAGAGAAUCUGCAGCAGUUCCCUGCUUUUACCUCUUGCCCCGGAGAAACUACCAGCAUUGAUCAUCAGAGCUUCUGUCUGUCUCCUCUUGGCAGAAGCCCUGUGUUUCAGACAGAGUCUAUUCCAACUCCACUGUCACCUGCUGCCAGCCAGGUCAGCCCGUUGCUCUGUGGGAGUUUAGAAGAAGAGUCUCCCUUCCCUUCCUUUGCCCAGAUGUUGAGAGUUGGAAAGGCAAAACCAGAAACGUGGCCCAAACCUGCUCCAAAGACAAAAGAUGAGAACACUCUGUCACUCCCUGUGCCAGUCGAUAGUGAUGGAGAAAGCGACAGCUCUGACCGCAUACCUGUGCCCAGCUUCCAGAAUUCUUUCAGCCAAGCUAUUGAGGCAGCCCUCCUGAAACUGGACAAACCGUCCACAGCUGAUCAUUUAUCAGAGGAAAAGGGAGGCAAGAAAAGAAAGAAACAGAAGCAGAAGCUAUUGUUCAGCACCUCUGUUGUUCACACAAAGUGAUUCUGCUAUUCAAGAGAAGUUUCCUCUCCUGGUUUUCUUUUCAUUUUGCUUUGUUUUGCUGCUAUAGUUUAAGUAUUUAAAUUUGAACAGACUAAACUUUGUGUUUCCAGGGCUUCUAGGGGGUUCAGGAGGAAACCAUGACAGUAUAUGUUGAAGUAACAUCUUUUGAUUCCAACUGCUUAAUCAGUUUAUACUGAAACAAAGUUUUGAAAGAAACAACCCAGAGACAAAUCAGCCAAGGCUUCUAGUCUGUGCCAAGUUGGUUCUUUUGGCCUAAUAAGCAGUAUGAAAGUCUUUACAGCUGUGUGGCACUGCCAGAAUACUGCAAUAUUACGUAAGUGAAGAGGCAGAGAGCCUUUAUUUCCCUAGAAGUAUUCAUGGGCAGAAGUCCAUCUGACAGACAGUAGUGCUGUUUCAGUAAAGCUGUCAAACUGCUCUCUUGAGAAACUGGCUUCCGCUGCACUGGAAAUGGGCAAAAGAGCUUCCUGGCUUUAGAGUGUUAGCUGCUAUAUUUGUUCUUUUUCUAAAGAGCAAGCAUUCCUCCUGUUCUCCUGGCUUGGAAAGAUUUAAAGCUGAGGUGAGUGUAAAGCAGAACUUGGCUACUUGGUUUUGAAGUGACUCUUGAUGAAUUUGUGUAUUUCAAAAUGCGUACUGGCACUAGUGGUAGAAGGAACCUCCUGGCUUCUCUCAGUUGUUCAACUCUGUUUUAAUGUGGGUGAGUGAGGCUGCUAAUUUUUUUUUUUUCCCAACCAUGGCCUACACAUUCUUUGUAACCUGACCAUCUAGAAUAAACACUCCACCCUAGGGCUCUCGGUAACUACCUGAAUGAUGCUUUGACACUGGCUGCUCUUGAAUUGGAAGAACAGCUGAUAGCUGGAGUCUGUAGAUAACAUUUAUCCCCCAGCAAGAAACUGGGGUCUCUUGUACUGGGAUAAGGGCCUGUAUCCACUUGGUUCUGGGAUGUAAGUUGAUCUGCACUAAGCACCUCAGGCUAUAAACAUGCCUCUUCUGGACCCCUCCCCACUCUUUCUUUGGGUGGUCACCUUCUGCACUGCUUGUGGUUUGAUUUGAGAUAAUGAGUUAAGUGGUGUGGAUUUUGUUGAAUAAAAUGAACUAUAGGUGUAAUGUACCAGUCAAGGCCAACAGUUGCAAUAAAUCAUAUGCACAUGCACUUACAGUACUGCACACUUCCUGAGCUAUAACUGAACUGUCAUACCAACGUGGAGCACAAUACCACUUAGUUGCACAGAUUCAAAUCUUACCUUCCUACUGACAGAAUUCAUGCCAGGGAGCUGGCACUACCUUACAGUGCAAGACUGACAGGUGUCUUCUGUUAUCUUCAGCCCCACGUGCACCAGUGGUCUGCCUGCACUUGCACAGGCUUUAAAAAGUUGAUGUGCUCUCUCCCUUUGACACUGUGACUGAUCUGAGCAAGGAAGGUGUGUUUGAGGCUCCUGGAGUCAGGUAUUCUAACGCCACUGGUAAAGUCAUUGGUUGUGUCCCUAUUUAAAAAGUUUGUCAAUACAUUGGUGCUUGAUUUCAAAGCAGUAGGCUCCACAUUGUACCAGUGCUUCCUCGAGGCACUUAAGCGUGUGCACAUGGGAAGCUACUACCAAAGAGUAUACUUCACAAAACUCUGUAUGUGGCUGUAAACCAGAAAGAAGGGGAAGAGGGAGGGGGUAAAGAAUACUUCAACUGCUACAGGAGGAUAGCGGAAGCACCUGCAAAAUGUUCUUUGAAAGCAGCUUGACUUCAUGCUUGGUCACAAUUAGCUACACUUGAUGGAAAGGCAGUACAGCUUGUCAAGAGAGUGCAAAGAACCUAAGACAAGAUGCCUCAAAGUGGUAACACAUCUUGCUGUUAAUGCUUUACAUGCACAUUGGAAAACUAUUGCUGAGGGCAGAGAAAGCAACUAAGAAAGAAAGAUUCAAGGAUGCAGUUAACUGUGUUCAUGGUACUAUUGUUUCCUACUUGUAAUAGUCAUUUUAAGCCAUGGAACAGGAGUAACUACUUAGUGUCUAACCAGUAUCUGUUGCGUUUUAUUAUCUCUACAUGUUUAUAGUCAACUUUUCUUUGCAUUGGGAAGAGGGACAGAAUAGCUGGAGCUAGCGUAACUCACCUCCACAUCUCACAGGCACUAAAACAAGGGAAGUGAUGUGGGCAAGGAAGACUGUCCCUUCUGCAGGGGCAGUCUCCACAGGACAGCAUCUUCAAGUUGUUUUCCCAUGGGUUCAAGAGGGAAUACCAGCAACGCUACUUUCCUGUAACUGAUUGGUGUAAACUUAAUAAAUAUCUAAGCAGUA